AUGAUGAAUAUUGAAACUUUGUUACAAGCUGCACAGAUUUUGGAAAGUCAACAAUCAAUACCACCAAAAAAACGACUAGCUAGAGGCGAUCCCCAAACAACUCCUAAUAAUCAUAUUCCAACAAGUGUUCUUUCGUCCACAACAAUCAAUACAAAUCCAACAAUAACACCACCACCACUACCAUCAUCGUCAUUAUUAAUUAAAAAUGAACAUCUUACAGAAUAUCCUCAAUGUGAUCUUAAUCUUAAUUUACAUCAUUUUAAUCAUCUAGUUCAACAACAAUCACGUUCAUCUCAACAACUACAACAACAGCAACAACAUUUUACAUCCGAUCAAACUGGUGCUGACGAUGAUGAUGAUGAUGAUGAUGAUCAAAAUACAGAUGGAAACAGUGACAUAUCUAAUCGUAACCAAACAGCGUGUUUUCGUGAUCGAGAAAUUCACAAUCGAUUAGAAAAACAUCGACGAGCUCAUUUAAAAGGUUGCUUUGACAAUCUAAAAGCUGAAGUACCAUGUCAACGAGAUCGAAAAAUAACAAAUCUUCAAGUAUUAAACUUAGCUAUUAAAUAUAUUCAAAAUUUAUCACGAAAAGAACGUGAAUAUGAUCAAGAAAUUGCUUUAUUAACAUCACGUAAUAUUGAAUUACAACAACGACUUCGUGCACUUAAAACUGAUUUAAAUUCUGAAGGACAUAAUGUUGACACAUGGCUUGAUUCAUGUUCAGAUAUUGAUCGUUCAGUAUCAACUCGUACAGCUUCUGAAGCUGAAAUGUAUCGAACAUUUGACGAUGAUGAUGAUGAUAUGAAUUCAUCAACAAUCGAAACAAAAUUAACUAAUGGACAUGAUGAUUUAGAUACAAAUAAUAAUCAUCAUGGUAUGAGAUCAAAUAUAAACAAUUCAUAUGCAAUUGAUUCCAAAAUAUUAUUAAAUAAUCGAAAAAAUACAACACGUCAACGACCAAGGCCAUCAAAAAGAAAAUUAUCAUCAAUACCAACAACAAAUUUAUUACAAUCAUUAUCAACAUCAAUACCAACACGUUCAGAAAAUCUAUUAGAUUAUAAUAUAGCAAGACAUCUUCAUCUUGAUCAACCAUGUAAUUUAUUAACAUCAAUUAAAGAUAAUUUAUCAUCAACAACAUUAACACCAAUAACUGACAUUCGAUAUGAAAUUGUUGAUUUAUUUACAAAAGGUACAAAUUCACAUUUACAACAACAACAGCAACAACAACAACAAAGUUCACCAUUACCGUCCAUUGCUAGUCUUAUGAAUAGGCAUUCAUCGCCUAUUGUUUCACCAACAAAACAGACUAUAGGUAUUAAUACAGAUCCUUUAACAACAUCGACAACAAAUAUUUUACAUCAACCUGUUGCUACAUCGUGA